GGAAGGUUUUUUACUCAGAGAGUGGUUAGUGCGUGGAAUGCACUGCCUGAGUCCGUGGUGGAGGCAGAUACACUACUGAAGUUUAAGAGACUACUAGACAGGUAUAUGGAGGAAUUUAGGGUGGGAGCUUAUAUGGGAGGCAGGGUUUGAGGGUAAGCGCAACAUUGCGGGCCGAAGGGCCUGUACUGUGCUGUACUAUUGUAUGUUCUAUGUUCUAUUAACCCUUCUUUCAAACCACCUGUCCUCCCUGUGCAAAAUGUGCACAUUAUUAUCAAAGUCAUUGAUCUGGCCUUACAUCAUUGCCUCUCUCUGUUUAGAAACCAUCCCAUCUUUAUCCAGACUCCCUAAGAUCCACAAGCAAAGAGUCCUCCUCAGGCCAGUUGUGAGCAGCAUUAACUCAGUUACCUACAACAUUGCAAAAUACCUUUACACAAAUCUCACCCGUUUGGUCGGCAACACCACAAACCACAUCCAAAAUACCAAAGACUUUGUUGAGAACGUUCGGCAUCUGAAGCUGAAUACAGAAGAGACUAUGUUGUCAAAUAAUAUUAAGUCUUUAUUUACAUCUGAGCCCACUUCAGAAGCUAUCAAGACAGUAAGGAACGGCUACGUCAGGAUAGUACCCUGAAGAAUAGAACCACACUCAACUCAAAUUAGGUAUGUACUCUACUCAACCUUCAUCUCAACACUACCUUUUUCAAAUACUGAGAUGUCUUUUGCGGGCAGAAUUAUGAUUGAGUGAUGGGUUCAACAGUGCCUCCUAUUGUAGCCAACUUAUACAUGAAAGAAGUAGAAAAGACAGCCUUGAAUAUCUUCCAUGGAACAUCACCCAGUCAAUGGUUCAGGUAUGUGGGUGACACCUGGGACAAGAUCAAAAUCCAUGAGGUGCAAGCUGUCACAAAGUACAUCAACUCAGUGGAUAAUAACAUUAAAUUUACCCUAGAAGAUGUUGAGAACAAUAGACUGGACUUUUUAGAUUGUGCUAUACUUAUCAAAAAAAAAAAUGGACAGCUCGAUAUCAAAGUUUACAGGAAACUAACCCACACAGAUCAGUGUCUAUGGUUUGACUCUCAUCACCCAUUAGAACUUAAUUUGGGGGUUAUCAGAACACUACAUCACCAUGUUGAGAAUGUGCACGUCAACAUUACAGCUAAAGACAAGGAGCUCAAGUACUUGAAAGAAGCCUUGAAAGCUUACGGCUACCUUGAAUGGGCCUUCAUCAAGACAGCAACAAAAAACAGUAAGGACAUCAGCACAACAGACAGAGGUAAGGAGCAAAGCAGACAGAAAAACGUGGUCAUCCCAUAUGUAGCUGGAAUUUCAGAGAAGCUCAGAAGGAUUUUCAACAAACAUCAAAUCCUUGUGUUUUUCAAACCUACAAAUACACUCAGAAAGAAACUUGUCUACCCCAAGGAUCCCACACCCAAACAUAAACAGAGCAAUAUUGUAAAUGCUAUCCAAUCCAAUGAGAACUGCACAGAUGUGUAUAUCAGUGAGACAAAACAACUACUUCACAAACAGAUGGCUCAACAGAGGAGGGCCAACUCCUCAGGUCAAGACUUAGCUGUAUAUCUAUACCUUAAGGACAAGGGACGCUCUUUUGAUGAUAACAAUAUGCACAUUUUGCACAGGGAGGACAGCUGUGGUGUGCUCUUCGUGCCGGAUGCUGGAGUCUUGGGAGACCCAGAGUCUCCCGGGGAACUACAUCUGCAUGAAGUGCUUCCGGCUGCACCUCCUUGA